CCCGCUGCUAGCGGAGCUUCAGCAGUCCGCAGUCGGCCAUGGCAGCGCUCCUCUGCCUCGUGCUGCUCAUGUACUUCACAAGUAUAUCUACUACCCAGACUACUGACUGCAUGCACUUGAGGGAGCAAUGCAUAAAUGCUGCAAAUGAAUGUGAAAGUGCCUGGAAUGCUGUUGAAGAUGCCUGCAAUAUUUCAGUUCUAGGUAAUAAAUGCAAGGCAGAAGAUACUAUUGGAUGUAAUAGAAUCAUCCAGGUCCUGGCUGAAAAAUAUCCAGAAUUUAAAAGCUGCAUCUGCACUACAGAUAAUUUCUGUAGCAUCAUGACUUUUCUUGGGAAACAGUGCAGCACUACUAAAGGAUAUUUUGAAACUUCCUCAAGAUCAGAUACGGGACUGAAUUUCAGGCACCACAAAAACCCCAAAGACCGAAGACACCCUGAAGAAUUGGAGAAUGACUGCAGCAUGGCAAAACAGCGCUGUCAAGAGGACCCUUACUGCUCUGUAGUGUACAAAAGCUUCCAGAGAGCAUGCCAGGUGGGCAUGGCAAAAUGCAGGCUCCCAAUAAUCAAUCAGAUGUGCUUGUCAGCAUGGAAAGAACUAAGGAAAACAGUUCUGGGAGAGUGCAAGUGCUCAGAGCCACUUCAGAUGAGAUGCACUGAAACAUGGAAAGAAAUGUUUAACAACCCUUGUUUACAAUACUCUCAAGAAAGUCAGGCUUCAGCAGCUAGUGAAAGUUACAAUGAUGAUGAUGAUGAGGAGGAGGAGGACGCCUACACAGAUGAUAUUAGUACAGAAACAAAAAUACAAUGGAGUUUAUCUACUCUUUCUAAAAAGGCAUACAGAACAAACAGAACCUGUCUGGAUGUGAACAAGGAGUGUGUUGAAGAUGAAGUUUGCAAUAAACAGUUGUCCCUGUACCUUAAGAUUUGCUCAGUAAAUAAGAAGUGCGACAUGGAAGAAUGUCAAGGAGCCAUAAGGUUCUUCUAUCAAAAUAUGCCUUUUGAGGUUGCCCAGAUGAUGACAUUUUGUGAUUGUAUCCAGCAUGAUGAAUCCUGCCACAGAGCCAAAGAACUUCUUCAUGGCAAGCCCUGUGCCGUUACUACCGUUCCACCCCCAUCGUGUCUGAAUGUAAUUCGCAUGUGUGAAGAGAAUGAAUUUUGCAGGAAAAAAUACACCACUUUUAGGUCAAAGUGCUGGAGACAUGUGACCAAAAGAUGCUAUGCUGAUGAAGCCUGCCUUGAAACUUUGAUCAAGGGUGACAUGCCCUGUUCUGCAAACCCUGAUUGCAAAGCAGCCUAUAUUAGCAACUGGGGCACAAUGCUGCGUGUGGAGUGUACCUGUCAGAAUCUGCUUCCUGCAGAGCAGGCUUUGUGCAAGCUCUUCCAUCACAUGCUUCAUAGUAAAUCCUGCUUCAGUGAGUUACGUCAGAUUUCUAUUAAGAAGAAAGGUUUUCACUGGGUAAAUACAGAAAUGCCAGGAGAAAAGCUUUCCAGAGCACAGUUCCAUUCUUCUUCAAUUAAUGGUGAAGCAGUCUACAUUAUUGCCUAUUCCUCUUGCAUAGUUCUCAUCCUAGGAAUAGUCCUGCUGACUCUCCUAAAGAUCAGAGCCUGCAGAACAAAACCUGAGUCAAGAAGUCCCUCGCCAGACCAUUCCUCUGAAACUUUUAUGGUCCGUUAUAAAAGUCACAGAUGAACUACUCUGCUGCUGAUGCUUUUUCUUAAGGCUACUCUGGAAAGCCAGUCUGUUGUACAUAUGCUACAAUAACAUAUAUAUUAGGAAACAUACUCUAAAUUAUGGAAUUUUGUAGCUGAGCAUACAAAAGAUUUUUAUAUUUAUUAACACAUCUUAAACCUUUCACAAGCUAAAAAAAAAACAUAGAACUGCAUCACCUCUCAUUUGUGCAGAUUCACAGAUCUGACCUGGGCUGCACAUUUCCUCCACCUUUAGAUGCACAGGACAAUGGUGUAAGUGCUGUAUGAAUCUGCCCAGCACAGCAGCCUUUGAAACUCAUCCUUUUUGCUUUGGAUGCAUCUGGUGGAAAGGAAAGAAAUCCACUCCAAAACAUUUUAGAGAGCUGUAAAAAAAAAACAGGUGUGGUGAUUGGUGUUCAAGAAAAGCCUGGAUGAGGCAUUUAGUGCCAUGGUCUGGUUAAUUGGUUA